CAAUCCUGGAGUAGACAGGGAGAGACAGACGGAUUGCUGAGCAGCCACAGCGAAUCCUUGCCGGAGCUUUGCAGAGACUGGAGAGGGGAGGGGAAAACGCACAGCGGCUUUUACUGCCUCUUUACGCAUCUGGUUUCCAUUCGGCUCAUUUCUGCUGCUGCUGCGAGAGAAAGAGAGAGAUUGGAGUCGGUGCUGGGAUGCCGUUUUGGCUUUCGCAGCUCAGGGCGAGAUUCCAGAGGAGGAGGAGGAGGACCGAGGGCGCGCAACAGCCGCGCAAAGGGAUGCUCCGCUUGCGCCCAUGACACCACCGACGCUCCCUUGGCUUCGGGAGAGAGACUGGGUGGCACUGGAAGAGCUGGGUGGGCGCAGGAGAGGGGAGAUUUUGGAUCUCAGCCUGCGGGAGAGGAAGGGAGGCGGAGGCGAGAGACAGAGGCAUUGUGCAGAAGAGUAAGGCGAUGCUGUGGCCCGCGGCGGCAGUGGUCCUCUUGGCCGGUCUCUCGCAGUGCGUCCAGGCGGAGACCUACACUUCCAUGCUGAGCAUCCACCAGGCGCUCAGCACCGAGAGGGUGCUCCUCCGCUUUUUGCACACCUACCUGGAAGAGGAAGCCAAGAGGCUGGAGGACCUCAGGAGAUUCUACAGGAAGAUCCAGGCCUUGCACCAAGGCGCGGGCAGCACCGUGGUUAACCCUUUACUGGCCUACACGCUCAUCAAGAGGUUGCAGUCAGACUGGCUGAAUGUGGUGUACAGCGCGGAAGCCAGCGAGAACGCCCAAGCACUGAAGAAUGGCUACCAACGAUUGGAGGAGGAGUUACCCAUCUUUGAGGACUUGGAAGGAGCUGCCCGGGGGGUGAUGCGCCUUCAAGAUGUCUACUCCCUGAGUGUGAAGGGCUUGGCCAAAGGGAAAUUCCAGAGGGUUAGCAAUGCUCCGCUUCCGGACGUCUACAACCCCAGCCAGGAUUUCUCCCUGUCCGCCGACGACUGUUUCCAUAUUGGCAAGGUUGCCUAUGACAUGGAAGAUUAUUACCACUCCAUUCUGUGGCUGGAGGAAGCCGUGAGCCUGUUCCGUGUUUCCUACGGGAGCUGGAACACAGAGGACGAGGGGAGCCUUGAAGAUGCACUGGACCACCUGGCUUUUUCUUAUUUCAAGGCAGGAAACAUCUCUCAUGCCUUAAGCCUUUCCCAAGAAUUUCUUCACUACGAUCCAACCAACAAGAGGAUGGCGAGGAACGUCCUCAAAUACGAGAAGCUGCUGCUGGUGAACCCCGAGAGUGGCGAAGAAGGGGGGUCCCUGCAGAGGCCAAACGUGACCCAGCUGGAGACCAGAGAUAUUUAUGAGAAGCUGUGUCAGACUCUGGGGUCUCAGCCAUCCCAGUAUCAGCAACAACACCUCUACUGCUCCUACGAGACCAAUGGGACCCCCUUCCUGAGGCUCCAGCCUUUGAAGAGGGAGAUUGUUCACCGGCAGCCCCACAUCGCCCUCUACCACGACUUUGUCAGCGAUGCCGAAGCGGAGAAGAUCAAGGAGCUUGCCGCUCCACGGUUGCAGAGGUCGGUGGUUGCCUCGGGAGAAAAGCAGCAGAAAGCAGACUACCGAAUAAGCAAAAGUGCCUGGCUGAAAGACACCUUGGAUCCAGCAAUUGUGGCUUUAGAUCGACGGGUCGCAGCCCUGACUGGCCUCAACACCCAGCCCCCUUAUGCAGAAUACCUGCAGGUGGUCAACUAUGGAUUAGGCGGGCACUAUGAGCCCCAUUUUGACCAUGCGACGUCAAGAAAAAGCCCCCUUUACAGGAUGAAAUCCGGAAACCGAAUUGCCACGUUGAUGGUCUAUCUGAGUUUGGUAGAAGCCGGAGGGUCCACGGCCUUCAUCUAUGCAAACCUCAGCAUUCCUGCUGUCAAGAACGCGGCUCUGUUUUGGUGGAACCUUCGCAGGAACGGGGACGGAGACGACGACACCCUCCAUGCUGGCUGCCCGGUCCUUGCCGGAGACAAAUGGGUGGCCAACAAGUGGUUCCAUGAACAUGGACAGGAAUUUCGGAGGCCGUGUGGCACCAGCCCAGAAGACUAAACAGUUCAAGUGCUCUCAGCUGGGUUCGGCGAAUGCCAGGGGCUCAAGUGUGGGGAGAGAAUCUGGACCCACUCCCUAUCCCAACACAGCCUGGUCCGGAAAGACCACCUCGGAGUGAACCAUGGCCAAACCACACCUUGGCAAAGGUUUUCUCAGGCAUCCGAGAAAGAAAGGACCUGUUGAUGUAGCACAUCGUUAAACUAUGGAACUCCCUGCCACUGGGUGCAGUGAUUGGCCACCAAUUGGGACAGCUUUAAGAGGAUGGGGCAAAUUCAUGGAGGAAAGGGCUGUUGGUGGCCUCUGGCCGCAAUGGAGCCGCAGUCGGAGGCGGUAAUGGUUCUGAAUCUCAGUUGCUGGAAGCCACAAGAGGGGAUAGCUGCUCUUGGGUUCGAAUCCUGAUCGCAGGUUCUCCAUGAGCCUUUGGCUGCGACCAUCUUGGCUGUGAUUCUUGGAAGACCUGCUCCCUGCCUUGCAGGUCUUUUCCCACCUGGCCUGGGAGGGCAGGGCCUGGACUGACUCCAGCUGCAAAAGCUGAGGCUGAACUGACAGGGUAUGGAUUUUUGUUGCCGGUACAGUGGUACCUUGGUUCUCAAACGCCUCGGUACUCAAACAACUUGGAACCCAAACACUGCAAACCUGGAAGGAAGCGUUUCGGUUUGCAAAUUUUUCGUGCUCCGUUUUGAGUGCCACACUUCAGUUUUGAGUGUUACACUGAGGUCUGUCUGUUUUUGCUAUUUAUUUUGC